GCCAAACUCUCGUUUGGUUGGCCGCUGGAGUAUCAGGUCAGGACUGAAGUGUGUCUUUUCCUUGUCUUUGCUCUUUUUUGAGCAGAGAAAAGUCGAACAGAAACACCGUUUAAUUGACCACAAGAAAUCAAAGAAGAAAAGCUGCUGUAACUUAAAGCUAUGGGGGGUUUGAUUUCACGAUGGAAGGCAAAACCAACCACUGUUGAGCAGCUGGAGAACAUUGAUAAGGAGAUUAAAGAGCUAGAGGAGUUUCGAGCCAAAAAUCAGCGUCUGCAAAAGCUGUGGGUCGGCCGGUUGCUUCUCUAUUCAUCUGUCCUUUACUUGUUGACCUCUCUGACCGUCUACUGUCUCUACCUUCCUGACGAAUGGUUACAGAGACUAGCCUUGGCCCUGCCUUUCUUUUUAUAUCCUGUACUUGUGUGGUUCAUCAGGAAGCUACUGAUUUUCCUCUUUUCCAAACGCACUGAAAGAAACAAUGAUAAACUUGAAGAUUUAAAAGCUGCCAAGAAAAAAAUACUGGAGGAAGUGAUGGAAACAGAGACAUACAAAAAUGCCAAAUUGAUUCUUGAACGUUUCGAUCCUGAAGCUAAGAAGAAAGCUGAACUGGAGUCGACACCAGCUCGCUCUCAGAUGACUCCCAGACCAGGUCAAGAGAUUCGCCAGAGGGGGGUAGCAAUGAGACCCAUGCCGAUGGGUACCCCAACUCUAAUGGGUACCCCAACUCCAAUGGUGAUGACCCCCCAACCAGGAGCGCGGCCCCUGCUGGGACCAGGGGGUACACCUGUGGAACGUGUUCCUCUCUCAGCUCCAGGAGGACCACCGGAGAAAUCUUCACCUUUGGCAUCUGUCCCCCAGGGAGCUGUACCAAGGACCCCCUGCUCCCCUAUACCAGGUGUAGGUAUGCAUCCCCCAGGCCCUCCAUUGGCUAGACCCAUUCUGCCCAAAGACAGGGGAGCAAUGGACAGGGUCAUUGAAUACCUGGUAGGAGAUGGACCACAGAACAGAUAUGCAUUGAUCUGCCAGCAGUGUUUUUCUCAUAACGGCAUGGCUCUGAAAGAAGAGUUUGAAUAUUUAGCAUUUCGUUGUGCCUAUUGCUACUUUCUGAACCCGGCCAGGAAGACUCGACCUCAGGCUCCGAGACUUCCAGAGUUUAGCUAUGAGAGGAGACUCAGAGCAGAUUCACAUUCCCCUGGACCAUCGCAACGUUCUGGAACAGAAACAGAGGAGAGUGCACCACCCUCUGGAGCCAAACCUCCGGCUCCACGGAAUUUGGUCCACAGUUUCAGGAUCCAGCAGAAACCAAAGAAUCCUCAGAGCCGACCCCUGCAGAGUCCAGAUGAAAAAGAGAUGGGAGAAGAUGAAGCACCUACCGAAGAAAUGGAGAGGGAGAGCCAAUCAGAGGAGAAGCAACAGCAAGAGGAGGAGCAGGCAGAGGAAGAGCUGGUUCAGGAAGAGGAGGCAGAGGAGGAAUCAGAGCAGAGUCAAAACAACCCCUGUGAGACAGAAUCUCAGCCAUUGUAGUUAAACGGAGGACCAGCGACGUGAAGAUGUUGUUGGCCGCAGCGGAUUGGUACCAUUUAAAGGCAAUGUUGACGGACAAGUAUUAUCAAUAGUUGUCUAGAAGUAUUGCCUAAAAUAAUGCCAACAUGACAUGCUGUUAACAGCUUGAUUGUUUGACUGGGAGUGUAUCGGAUAGAUGAUUGUAGUUUUAAUCUUAAGGCUGUUUUUUUUUAAUGCUGUUGAUAAUGAUCCAUAGCUGGCAGCACAUAAACUGACAUAGUUUAAUAUUCUUUGAUUUACUCUGUAAGGUACUUUUAGGUUUAAAGUAGUUGGAUGCUGUAUAAUUAAUGUAAAAUUUUGUUUUAGACUGAAAAGCUGGUUCACACAUGAUCUGGCCUUGACAGCAGAAACAUCUGCAGUUCUAAAUGUGGGGUGGGGGCAGUACUGUUUGAAAUUAUAGUUGAGCUGAUGUUAAAAAAAUAACUAAACCUGAUAUGCAUGAUGCUCAAAGUGCUUUUUAAGGCAAACCCAUUGUGAAUAGGAACAUAAGCAGUUGUGUUUACAGUUUAUGCAUACAACUACACUCUUAGUUGUCGGCGUACUGCAGCAGCUUUUUCAUCUUUUCUCAUAACUUAUAACCCCUCUCAAGCAAGAUUUUAGCCUAAUUUUGAAGCAUCUACUAUCUAGGAUAGCUUUGGUAUACUCAUGUUUUUAUAUUAUACCGGUGCAUAUUUUAUCCUGCAAAAUUUUUAAGAUAUUUUCAUAAUUUCUGUGCAGCUUAUCCUGUACCUGCUAUAUGGGAUAUGAGCAGUUAUCCAGAAAACUGCAGGUCGUUCUCUUCUUUUCCUGUGAAGGGAGGUCUGCUCAGAGCAGAAGUUCGCAGAGGAAAAAUCAGUAUGACAGGAACCAUCUUCCUAAAGUCUUUUCAUUGAAAGAAAGAAAAUUAGAUGCACUAACUUUUAAAAAGGUGAAAGCAAGUUUCACUUCACUAAUACUAAAUUUAAUACAGCAGUUACAAAGAAUGCCAUUGCAAGUUAGAUACAGUUUAUGUCAGUUAAUUUUUGAAGUGGGGUGAUUUCUUUGUACUUGUCAUUUUCUUUUGUUUUAUGGCAGCCUGCAGCACUGUCUGCAAUGCACACUGCCACCUGUUGUACUGAAGGAACUUGGGAGAUAUUGAUGCCCAAUCUGCUGUCAUAAGUCAGAAAGUUGGAAAAGGCCUCAGAUCAGCAAUCAGUGGAACAACUGAAAAACUUGUUUUUCAAGCACAGGGUAUGUUUCAGGGUAACCUUUUCUAAAUAGUAUACAGUCCCCCUCAUUCUGUGGCCUGGAUUAUUAUUACAGAAAACAGAGCUUAGCAAAGGAAAAUAUAUUCAUCAAAUUGCUAGAAACAGAAACACUUUGCUGUAAUCUGAGCAGGAUUUUUGGUAUUUGUAUUUGUCUGGGAACCAAAUACAGAUCUUCCAGGUCUGGGAGUUUUGUCAUAUUCACUGGAAGAAAAGUAAAGUUAUAAAUUUAGAUUAAGUUGUUUUUCUUAAAAAUCUGUAUAAAGGAGUUGGUCAAAUUUAGUAAUUUCUUCUGAGGAUAAAAUGUAUGUUGGCGAGCUGUGGUUGCAGUAGGAUUAAAAGGCUGUAGGAGAUGGCACACUGGGGGUAAAACUGCCACUUUACAUCUGACUGAUUCUUGCCCGUCAUUGUCCUCAUGAUGACAAUUUGCCAAAUGCUAUUUUUGUAUUUCAUAUUUGCAAUUGCACUGUUAUUUAUUUAUUUAUUUAUUUGGCAGUAUUGUCUUUUGGUUUCUAUUUUAGUUAUUGCUGCACUGAUUUUAAACAUUUGAGUAACCUGUAAUUGCCAACGUGUUCUAUACUUUUAAAAAGUGAUGACUUAAUUUGGGUUUCCAUAGAUUUGAUGUUGCUUCAGAUUAUAUAUUGUUUGAGGUAUUUUCGGUUUUCUUCUGUUUGCUUUCUCUUAUUUUAACUGCUCUUUGUAAGUGUGUGGGGCCAAUAUAAUGUGUGCCUUGGUAACUGCUGGUUGGCUAAGUCAACUUUUGGAUUUUCAUAAUCUUGUGGUGUUUAAGAUUAGUUGUCAGCUACCAUAACAUGAAUUAAAGCAAUGUUGUGUUUGAAGGUUUUGGCUGAGCAAUGCCAGAAUCAAACUUGUUCUUGAACAAACCUUUAUGUUGGGGAGACUCCUCUACAUGAACUGAGAGUCUCCUGUCUUGAUUUUUGCCACCUUAACUCCUUCAUCUGAGUUUAGGUUCCUAAAAUGUUCCAGCAUGCUGCCCACACCUGCUUACUGAUGUGUGGCUACCUGAAUGCUGCUAGGAUUGACAGUGUUUUUUUUUUUUCUGCCAUAAUAAAUUCAAAAUGAUAAGAUGUGGAUUUAAUAUUUUAAUAACAUCUCUGUAAAUUGUCACAUGAACAUGUGUAAUACUACUUGUUCACCUUGUGUUUGUAGGUCUAUUUUUCUUUGCUAGAUUUAAUAAUUGCAUUUUUGCCAAUGCUGUUUGUCAUUAUCGGUGUGCAUGGCACAGCUAAUAAAGUUUUUUAGUAACACA